CCAUUUAUUUGUAAAUUUUCAGUUGACUUCAGUUGUUAAAAAUAACAAGUCAUGACAAGUGCUGUUUAAAGUAUAUUAUUUUAAUGCUUUAACAGUAAUUAGUGAAUAAACUAGCAUUUUAUCAAAAAUGUCAUCAUCUGAGUUUCAUAAUCUUUUAUAUGGCACUACACGUAUUCGAAAAACAAUUCCAGUUCCAAAAUUACCAAUUGAUGAAAAAGUAGAAAACAAUCGUCUAUGCAAUUUUCAAAUUGAAAAGACACGAAGAAGAAAAAUUCAUCAACUGAUCGAAGAGAAAACUUCAAAAGUAAAAAAUGAAUUUUUCAAAAAUGAACAUGAUGAAGAAUCACAUUUUAAAUGUAAUGUUCCACGAUCUCAAAAGUAUUAUAUUUUAAAAAUGAAAGAAUAUGCAGACAAAUUACCCACAACUCAACUUCUUCCUGAAUGGGAAGAAAAUAUUAAAAAACAACUGUCAAAAGAGUUGAGAGUAAAGUUUAAAAUAGUUUUCAAUGAUGAGAUAAAAGAAACACGAGAACGUUAUUUUAAAACAAUGCAUGAAUUAGGAAUACGAGAAGUUAUAGCAAUGGAAUGUCAAGACAAAACAUUCGAUACAUUAGAUCCACCUUAUAAAUUUCCUGGACAUACGGAAUAUCGCAAUAAAUUUUUGAAAAAUCGCAGCAUAAUAGAAAAGAAAUAUUUUCUGUCUCAUAAAUUAAUCAAAAAUAUAAAGUCUAAAACAAAUAUUUUUCAAAAUUUUAUAUUAGAUUUUCGAAAAUAUCGAACUCGUGGUUUUUUGGAAUUAACACGUUUGCAGGAUUUAGUCGAGGAUGAUUUAAGGAAAGGAAAUUUAAUUAUAACAAAUUCUUAUUACAAUAGCAUUGUUAAAUUAAUUUCACAACCACGAUAUUUACAUGAAAUUCCAUCAAAUUUGCUGCCCUCAUUUUUAAAGUGUGCUUCCAGAUUUCUGGCUCUUCAAAUAAAUCGACAAAUGAUGAAUACUAUUGAACACUUGCUUCAAGUAGCCAAUGAUCCUUUAACUAUUCCAGUGUUAAACAUAAAACUAAAAUGUGAAAAUAAUCAACUAUUUAUUUCACCCUCGAUGCCCGAGAUUUAUUCGGUAUUUCAUUCUUUUAUUGAUAAUAUUGCAAAUACAGCACGAUAUUUGCCAUCGCUGGAGUCUUGGGUAAAUGUCAAAACCACAAAUGAAUUCAUUCCAGUCACUUUGCCCGAUUGGUAUUUACAACAAUCACAUGAAAUUCUUGAGCAAAAUUUGGAAACAAUGUAUCAAUCCUUAAAUAGUUACAUUGAAGAUCUUGGACAACAAUUUAGUUUCAUUUACAGUUCAGAAACACAUCAACAAAUUAUAAACUAUGUUGCAGAGGGUCAUGAUUUUACCACAUAUGUGAAUAAAUUUGAAGAAUUUAAAACCUAUUUUUGGGAAAUAACAAAAAUUACCAGAUACGAAUACUUUUUAGUUGGUAAACUUCAUCAAGACGAUGGAAAAUUGUCUUUAAAACACUAUGCAGAACAAGUGCAAGAUCAUAUUAUUAAAGAAUUAAUUAAAAGUCAUAGAAAUUUUAAUUUGGAAAUAUGUCGAGAAUUUGAAGAGCUUGAAAGUAAAGCUUUGAAUAUUCCAGAAAAUACUGAAGAUUUACUCGAGUUGGGAAAAUUUAUGGUAUAUGCAACGACAAUUUUACUGGCUCAACUAAAUGAAAAAGUAUCGCUGUCUUUAUUUAUGAUGUCCUCAUUACUUGAAAUGACGUCUUUGGACAAAGAUCACAUUGAAUUGAAUAACACGACAGUUAAUUGGUUACAGCGCAUUCAAUUAAUUUUCGAACAAAAUAGUUCACUAUACGAACAAAAGAAAUUUGAACUCGAAGAAUAUCUACAAAACAAAAAUAAUUCUCUAAAUACAGAGAUUGAAGAAAUGUUCCCAAAAUUAGAAAUAAUGAACGAUAUGGACGAUGGUAAAAGAAUAGGUGAGUAUAUUGUAUAUAUGCGAAAAUUUAUUCACUGCCUGGACAGAAUGGACGAACAAAUUGAAUGGAUAAAUCGUGAGGAAAAACUUUUUCAAUUUCCAUUGAGUGUUUAUCCAAAAAUCAAAGAACUUAAAGAAAUUAUUUUACCAUAUUAUUCUCUUAUAUAUCGCGCUUAUCAAUGGAAAAGAGAUUUAGGUGUUUGGCUAGAUGGACCUUUUGAAUAUCUUGAUGCAAUUAUAAUUGAGAAUAAAACUGUGGAAUAUUUUACUGAUUUUUCGAAAACUAGUAAAACAUACAAGACGAAGAUCAAGAUGCAUAUUGCCAUGGGAUAUCCGUACAGUUUUUCAGGAUCAGUGGAUGAUCCCGAUCCUUUUCAGCAACCGGCUCCUAUGAAAUUGUGUUAUCAAUUAUUAGACGAGGUUAAAUGGUUCAAGCAAUAUGUUCCAUUGGCACUUUGUUUUUGUAACCCAGCACUUCGUCAAAGACACUGGGAUGAAAUGUCCCAAAUUGCUGGUUUUGAUUUGACUCCAAAUGCUGGAACAACUCUUCGAAAAAUAAUAGCUCUUAAUCUACUGGAAAAUUUGGAUCAAUACGAUAUUUUUAGCACCAGUGCAACAAAAGAGCUUGUUUUACAGCAACUUCUUUCAAAAAUGAUUCAUGAAUGGGAUGAUGUAAUUUUUACCACAAUGCCAUUCAAAGAUUCAGGUGUUAAUAUUCUUACACAAUUAGAUGACAUUAUUGCCUUAUUGGAGGAGCAUAUUGUUAAAGUUCAAGCAAUGAGAGGAUCGGCUUUUGUAAAACCAAUCGAAGAUGAAGUCAAAGCUUUUUAUGAAUUGCUUUUGAGAAUGCAAAGGACUAUUGAAGAAUGGACAAAGGUGCAAGUUCAAUGGAUGUAUCUUUUGCCUAUUUUCUCAAGUAAAGAUAUUGUUGCUCAAUUACCUGAGGAAGGAAUUUUGUUUUCCGAAGUGGAUUCAAUGUUUCGUAAAGCAAUGAAUCAAGUUUUCAGAGAGCCAAGAGUUAAAAACACUGCAGGCUCUUUGGGUCUCUAUGAAAGUAUGAAAGACGCCAAUGAAAUAAUGGAAAGAGUACACGAAGGUGUUGUGAAUUAUCUCGAAAAAAAGAGACUUUAUUUCCCUCGUUUCUUUUUCCUUAGUAACGAUGAUAUGUUGGAGAUUCUCUCUGAAACAAAAGAUCCCCUUCGUGUGCAACCUCAUUUGAAAAAAUGCUUCGAAGGAAUUGCCAAACUUGGCUUCAACGAGAAUUUAGAAAUUUUCUCAAUGUUUAGUGACGAUAGAGAAGAAGUUAAAUUGGAAAAUAUUAUUUCAACAACAGCAGCUCGAGGUUGCGUUGAAAAAUGGCUUGUGCAGGUGGAAGAACAAAUGGUGAAGUCAAUAAGACACGAAGUGCUAAUGAGCUAUCGAGACUAUGAAAUAAACGAAAGAGUUUCAUGGGUUUUACUUUGGCCUGGAAUGGUUGUUCUCUGUGUUUCACAAAUAUAUUGGUGCAUUGACGUUCAAAAUUGUUUGAUUACACACAUGAAAUCUGUUUUGGGAUCACUCUAUGAUAAAUUGAAGAAACAGAUUUUUGAUAUGGUAAAUCUGGUAAAAGGACGUUUAUCGAAGCAAAAUAGAACAACUCUAAACGCUUUAAUAACAAUCGAUGUGCACGCUUAUGAUGUGGUAAAAUUAUUGAUUGACAAAAAUGUGACAAGCGAAACAGAUUUUGAAUGGUUAGCACAAUUACGAUAUUAUUGGGAAGACGAUGUUUUUGUGAGAAUUAUAAAUGCAACUGUUUCAUAUGCUUAUGAAUAUUUGGGAAAUUGUCCCCGUUUGGUGAUAACUCCAUUAACAGACAGAUGCUAUCGCACAUUAAUUGGAGCCUAUUCAUUGCAUUUGAAUGGAGCCCCUGAAGGUCCAGCAGGAACGGGAAAAACUGAAUCAGUAAAAGAUCUCGCGAGAGCACUUGCAAUUCAAUGUGUUGUUUUCAAUUGUUCCGAGGGUCUUGAUUAUAAAAAUAUGGGAAAAUUCUUCAAGGGUCUCGCAUCUUGUGGCGCAUGGGCCUGUUUCGAUGAAUUCAAUCGAAUUGAACUCGAAGUAUUGUCAGUUGUGGCACAACAAAUUCUUUGUAUCAUACAAGCAGUUCGGGGAAAUUUUGAAAAAUUUCUAUUCGAAGGCACCGAACUGACAUUGAAUCCUGCCGUUUAUGUUUGCAUUACAAUGAAUCCAGGUUACGCUGGAAGAUCUGAACUUCCUGAUAAUUUGAAAGUUCUCUUUAGAACUGUUGCAAUGAUGGUACCCGACUAUGCAAUGAUUGGCGAAAUAUUUCUCUACUCUUCGGGAUUUACAAAUGCAAGAGUUUUAUCGGUGAAAAUUGUCACAACUUAUAAACUCUGCUCGGAGCAACUUUCUUCACAAUCACAUUAUGAUUAUGGAAUGAGAGCGGUGAAAACAGUUUUAACAGCAGCACAAAAUAUGAAAUUAAAAUAUCCCAAUGAAAAUGAAAUGAUUCUUAUGUUGAGAUCAAUUAUUGAUGUUAAUUUACCGAAAUUUCUUGAUCAUGAUGUUCCACUAUUUGAUGGGAUAAUAACUGAUCUUUUUCCCGAGACAAAAUUACCGGCGCCUGAUUAUGAAAUAUUUUUAAAGGCCAUUAGAUUAGUGAUGGAGAGAAAAAAUUUACAACCAGUCGAUGGUUUUUUGUUGAAAAUUAUUCAAAUUUUUGAAAUGAUGAUUGUUAGACAUGGUUUUAUGUUGGUAGGCGAACCUUGUGGUGGAAAAACAACUUGUUUGCGUACUCUUGCUGAUAGUUUGACAUUGAUGCAUGAAUGGGGUGAUGAGAAUGGUGCGAGAACAAAAUUUUUCACAAUCAAUCCAAAAGCAAUUACAAUGGGUCAACUUUAUGGACAAUUUGAUGCUGUAUCUUCGGAAUGGACUGAUGGAAUUUGUGCUGUGGCUUUUCGUGAUUAUUGCUCGGAUGAGAGUGCUGAUAGAAAAUGGUUAAUUUUUGAUGGACCCGUCGAUGCUGUUUGGAUUGAAAAUUUAAAUACAGUUCUCGAUGAUAAUAAAAAAUUGUGCCUCACAUCGGGUGAAGUUAUGCAAAUGACAAAUGUAAUGUCAAUGAUAUUUGAGGCAAUGGAUCUUCUUCAGGCAUCACCUGCCACUGUUUCGCGAUGUGGAAUGAUUUACAUGGAACCACAUAUUUUAGGAUGGCGACCUUAUGCAAAAUCUUGGAUCAAUAAUAUUGAUUUGCGUUGGAAGGUGGGAAAUGAAGAUCUUUUAAAUGAAAUUUUUGAAUGGCUCAUUGAUCCUUGUUUAGAAUUUGUUCGUAAAAAAUGCCGUCUCACAGUAACAGCUGGUCAAAUUAAUCAAGUGAUGUCGACUCUAAAUUUACUUGAAAUGUACAUGAAUGAUGCAAUUGAUGAAGCACAACAUGAAUAUGAGGAUUACAUUGUUUCUUGGAUUCAAGCUUCAACAUUAUUGGCAAUAGUUUGGGGAAUUGGUGGAACAUUGGAUUUGGAUUCACGAGAUGCUUUUAAUGAAUAUUUUUUAAAUUUCUGGAGAAAUGAACAACCGCCUGCAAAAAUAGUGGAAACAUUAAUUUCAAUGCCAAAUGAUGGAUUGAUUCACGAUAAUUAUUUUAUUUUUAAAGGAAAGGGAGCGUGGAAAAAUUAUGGAGAUUUGGCGAAAGUUGAGAAAUUUAUUGAAACUGAAAGUAUCGGUCAAAUGAUGAUUCCAACUAUUGAUACAAUGAAAUAUCAGAAUUUAUUUUUGCGACAUAUAAAGUGUAAAAAGAGAUUUCUUUUGUAUGGCGAAACUGGAACGGGAAAAACUUUUUAUAUUCAAAAUUUAAUGAUGAAUAAAUUGGAAGAGGAGAAAUAUGCUUCGAAUUUUAUUACAUUUACGCCAAAAACAACUGCUGCUCAAACGCAGGAAUUGGUGAUUUCAAAACUUUUUAAAAGAAGAAAAGGUCACUAUGGACCAAUGGGAGGAACGCAUUGUUUGGUUUUUAUUGAUGAUGUUAAUAUGCCAAGUAAAGAAGUUUAUGGCGCUCAACCACCAAUUGAAUUGUUGAGACAAUUUUUUGAUCAUGAACAAUGGUUUGAUUUGAAAGAACCAUUGAUGAUACAAAUUUACGAUAUAAUGUUCAUGUGUGCAAUGGCACCACCGGGUGGAAGUCGACAAGAAAUAUAUCACAGAUUUUUGAGACAUUUUAAUUUAUAUUCAAUCAACAAUUUCUCGAAGGAAAGUAUUUUUAAAAUAUUUACAAGUGUAGCUUUAAUUGGCCUCAAACGAAAUGGAUUUGCCACUGAUAUUCUCAUGACAAUAAAUAGUAUUGUCAAUGCUACAAUAAUAGUUUUUAACAGUGCAAUCAGUGAUCUAAGACCAACACCAGCGAAAUCACAUUAUCUUUUUAAUUUAAGAGAUUUUUCCCGUAUCAUCACUGGAUGCACUAUGAUCAAAAAAGAGUCAGUUGAAACAAAAACAAUUUUCAUUCGACUAUGGGUUCAUGAGAUUUUACGUGUUUUUGGAGAUCGUCUCAUUGAUAUUAAUGAUCGUGUUUGGCUUUUUAAGAAUAUUAAAGAAACAGUUUUUGAUGUUUUUAAAGAAACAUUUGAUCAUAUCUUUGAUGAUUUACCCAAAUUUAAUGGACAAUUAACUGAAGAGAGUAUGAAAAGUUUAAUAUUUGGUAAUUUUAUGGAUGUCGAUGCAAUACAGGAGGAGAGAAAAUAUGAGGAAAUUGUGUCAAUGGAAGAAUAUAAAAAUGUUGCACUUUCUUGUUUGGAGGAUUAUAAUAAUACUCAUAGAAAUAAAAUGAAUAUUGUUUUGUUUCGAUAUGCUCUUGAGCAUCUUGCUCGUAUUUGUCGAAUUAUUGCCAUUCCUAAUGGAAGUUUAUUGAUGGUAGGCGUUGGAGGCUCUGGUAGACAAUCUUUAACAAGACUUGCAGCUAGUAUGGCUGGUUAUGGACUAUUCCAACCAGAAAUAGGCAGUGCCUAUGGUGUUAAUGAAUGGCGAGAUGAUUUAAAGAAAAUUUUAAAAAAUUCCGGAGGUACUGGAAAAGAUUUAGUUUUUCUUUUCACCGAAGGUCAAAUUAAAGAGGAAAUUUUUCUCAACGACAUUGAUAGUCUUUUAAAUUCCGGUGAAGUACCAAAUCUAUUUACAAUUGAAGAGAAACAAGAAAUAAUAGAAAUGACAAGAUUAGCGGCUCAAGGGGGAAAUCGAAAUUUGGACAUAUCAAUUAUGUCGGUACUUGGAUUUUUUGUAAAUCGUUGCCGUGAAAAAUUACACAUUAUGAUUUGCUUUAGUCCCGUUGGUGAAUCAUUUCGCACGCGAUUACGUCUUUAUCCAAGUUUAGUUAAUUGUUGUACAAUUGAUUGGUUUGAAAUAUGGCCUGAGGAUGCAUUGGAGCAAGUUGCUGUAAGAUUUAUUACUGAUUUAAAUGUCAAUGAGAAUGUGAAAACAAAUGCCGUUGUUGCUUGUAAAUAUUUUCACAUUUGCGCAAAAGAUAUUAGUAAUCGAUUUUAUGAAGCAUCUGGAAGAAAAACUUACAUCACUUCUGCUGCUUUUUUGGAUCUGAUUAAGGCUUAUAGAGAUUUGACGAAUUUAAAACAAGAAGAACUUAUACUUGCCAGAGAUCGUUAUCUGAAUGGUUUGGAUAAAUUGGACUAUGCUGCUCAACAAAUUGAAAAAAUGAAAAAAACUCUUUCUGCCUUAAGACCCGAACUUGAAAAUUCAGCCAAAUUGACAACAGUAACGAUGCAAAAAAUUGAGAGUGAAAAUAUUGCUGUUGAAGAGGCAACAAUUUUAGUGAAGAAUGAUGAAAUAGUGGCAAAUGAACAAGCAAAAAUAGCGGGAGCUUUGAAAGCAGAAUGUGAAACAGAUUUGGCUGAAGCUCUACCAAUUCUUGAGGAAGCAAUAGCUGCCUUAAAUACAUUAAAACCUGCGGACAUAACAUUGGUGAAAUCAAUGAAGAAUCCUCCACAGGGUGUUAAACUUGUAAUGGCAGCAAUUUGUGUUAUGUUAAAUGUUCCUCCUGAUAGAUUAAAUGAUCCAUCAAGUGGUCGAAUAAUUUUAGACUAUUGGGGUCCAAGUAAAAGAAUUCUCAAUGAUAUUGAAUUUUUGCAUUAUUUACGAGAUUAUGACAAGGAUAAUAUUCCAAUUCAAACAAUGCAGUUAAUAAAACGUGUUUAUCUAACGGAUAAAAAUUUUGAGCCACGUAUUGUUGCAAAAGCCUCUUCAGCCGCUGAAGGUCUUUGUAAAUGGGUGCGUGCCAUGGUUCUCUAUGAUAAAGUUGCCAAAGUGGUAGCACCAAAACGAGAGAAACUCGCUGAAGCAGAAAAAUCAUUUCAAAAAAUUAUGAAUAUUUUAAAUGAAAAACGUCAAGCAUUAGCUGAACUCAAUGAAAAAUUAACAGCACUUAAUGUCAGUCUCCAAAAUAUUCUAGCAAAGAAAAUAGAUCUUGAAAAUCAGGUGACAAAUUGUAAAAAUAAAUUAAUGCGAGCUGAAAAAUUAAUAAGCGGAUUAGGUGGUGAAAAAGAACGUUGGAUUAUUUGUGCAGAAAAUCUGCAAAAAGCCUUUGACACUUUACCAGGCGAUAUAUUAAUUUCCUGUGGUAUGAUUGCAUAUUUAGGACCAUUCACAACAGCAUAUCGAUUAGAAAAUAUCGAAAAAUGGCGAAUAUAUGUGAAAAGUUUAAAGAUACCCUGCUCGGAGGAAUAUAAUUUCAUUGAUGUUCUUGGAUCAGAAAUAAAAAUAAAUUCUUGGAAUAUCUUUGGAUUGCCACGUGAUUCAUUUUCAACGGAAAAUGCAAUUAUAAUGGACAAUUCAAUGCGAUGGAGUCUUUUUGUUGAUCCACAGAGUCAAGCAAAUAAAUGGAUUCGACAUAUGGAGAAAUCAAGUGAAUUAGAAGUUGUUAAAUUGACAGAUUCUAAUUAUAUGGAUAUUAUUGAACAAUGCAUUGAAUAUGGAAAACCGAUUUUAAUUGAAAAUAUCGGUGAAACACUUGAUCCAUCAUUGGAUCCAAUUUUAAUGAAAAAUAUUUAUAAAAUUGCCGGUAUUUGGUAUAUUAAUUUAGGUGAAAAGAGUAUAGAGUAUAAUAUAAAAUUUCGUUUUUAUAUGACAACAAAAUUACGAAAUCCCCACUAUUUACCAGAGGUUUAUAAUAAAGUAACUUUAAUUAAUUUUGCAUUGACAAUUGAAGGAUUAGAGGAUCAAUUAUUGGGUAUAGUGGUGGCAAAAGAGAGGCCUGAUCUUCAAGAAAAACGAGAAUAUUUAAUUGUACAAAGUGCUGCAAAUAAGAAAGCUCUAAAACAAGUUGAAGAUCAUAUUUUAAAAACAUUAUCAGUUUCAGGAGCAACUAUAUUGGAAGAUGAGGAGGCUAUUGAAAUUUUAGAUUCAUCGAAAAUUCUUUCAAUUGAUAUAAUCAAGAAACAAGAAUCUGCAAAAGAAACUGAAGCUAAAAUUGAAAAUUUUAGACAGAGUUAUAGGCCAAUAGCAAAACAUGUUUCUUCACUUUAUUAUACAGUAACAGAUCUACCGAAUAUUGAUCCAAUGUAUCAAUAUUCAUUAGCUUGGUUUAUUAAUCUUUAUAUCUUGUCGAUUGACACUGCGAGUAAAAGUAAAAUUCUAGAGAGAAGAUUACACUUUUUAAGAGAAGCUUUCACUUACAAUUUAUAUCAAAACGUCUGCCGUUCGUUAUUCGAAAAGGAUAAGCUUUUGUACUCGUUUGUUUUGUGUACAACAAUUUUACUUGCAAAUGAAGAAAUUAAUCGAGAUGAAAUCAUAUUUUUCCUUACCGGUGGUAUUCCAUUGGGAAAUGAAUUAGAAAAUCCAGCAUCAAAUUGGCUAUCUGAUAAAUCAUGGGAUGAAAUAUGUCGCGUUGGUACAUUACGUUCAUUUGUAAAUUUCAAGGAUAGCUUCAUAAAAAAUAUAAAUAUUUGGCAAAAUUUCUACGAUUUAAUGAAUCCACAAAAUUCUUCACUACCAGAACCGUGGGAAAAAAAUUUAACAAUAUUUCAAAAAUUAAUUAUUAUGAGAUUAAUAAGACCAGAUAAGGCUGUUGCAAAAGUGAUGCAAUUUGUGGAAAUAGCAAUGGGAAUGAAAUUUGUAACACCACCAGCAUUUGAUCUUGUAAAAUCGUACGCUGAUUCAAAUUGCUUGAAUCCUUUGAUUUUCAUUCUUUCAUCUGGAUCAGAUCCAAUGAGUUCAUUGUCGAAUUUUGCUGAUAAUAUGGAAUAUACAUCGAGAUUUACUUCUAUUUCCCUUGGACAAGGUCAAGGUCCAAUUGCACGAAAACUCAUUGAACAAGCACAAGCUGAUGGUUCAUGGGUUUGUCUUCAAAAUUGUCAUCUCGCUGUCUCGUGGAUGCGGGAACUUGAAAAAAUAUGUGAAUCAUUUGACACAAGAAAUACUUCUGUCAAUUUUCGUCUUUGGCUAACUAGUUAUCCUUCGGAUAAAUUUCCAAUUACUGUUUUGCAAAAUAGUGUGAAAAUGACAAAUGAACCACCUACAGGACUUCAGUCGAAUUUACUACGAUCUUACAAGUCGGAACCUGUUAAAAAUCCCGAAUUUUUUGAAGGCUGUCCAGGAAAGGAAAAAACUUUUAAGAGAUUAUUGUACAGUUUGUGUUUUUUUCAUGCCGUUGUGCAAGAAAGAAGAAAUUAUGGGUCACAGGGAUGGAAUAUUGCAUACGGAUUUAAUGAAUCGGAUUUUCAAAUAUCUGUUCAACAACUUCAAAUAUUCAUCAACGAUUAUGAGGAAGUACCUUUUAAAGCAAUUUUAUAUUUAACUGGUGAAUGUAAUUAUGGAGGAAGAGUCACUGAUGACAGAGAUCGAAGGUGUUUAAAUACAAUUCUAUUGGAUUUUUAUAAUUCUGAUGUGAUUACAAAUUCACAAUAUACUUUUUCAAACGUUGGACCAGAUUAUGUUCUUCCUAAAAAGAAUGAGUAUAAGGAUUAUAUUAAACAAAUAGAAUCAAUUCCAUUUACAACAAUACCUGAAGUACUUGGAUUACACAUGAAUGCUGGAAUAACAAGAGAACUAAAUAUUUCAAAAAACUUUUUUGAUUCAAUGGUUCAAUUACAGGGAACAGUAUCAAUUGGCGAAAUUUCGAAACAAGACGAAUUGCUUCUAAAUAUAAAAAAUGAUAUUUAUGAUAGACUCCCUGAUUUAUUUGACAUUGAAGAGGCACAAAAAAAAUAUCCCGUUAAUUAUAUGGAAUCAAUGAAUACUGUUCUUACUCAAGAAAUGGAAAGAUAUAAUAUUCUUUUAAAGGAAAUCAAAACUUCACUUAUAAUGUUGGAAAAGGCAGUCAAGGGACUUAUAGUAAUGACUCCUGCUCUCGAGAUUCUUUCAACUUUUAUGUUGAAUUCAAAACUCCCUCCAACAUGGGCAAAAGCGAGUUCUUAUCCAAGUUUAAAACCACUUCCCAGUUAUAUAAAUGAUUUUCUUGAACGACUUAAUUUUCUUUCAAAGUGGCUUAAAAAUGGAAAACCAUCGACUUUUUGGAUAUCUGGUUUUUCAUUUGUACAUUCUUUUUUAACAGGUGCCACACAAAAUUUUGCUAGAAAAUACAAAAUACCAAUCGAUAGAAUUGGUUUUGAAUUUGAAGUACUUUCAAAAUUUGAAUCGAAUACUCCACCAAAAGAUGGUGUUUAUACUUAUGGAAUGUUUCUUGUUGGAGCAAAAUGGGAUAUAAAAAAUAUGAAACUUGCAGAGAGUACUCCAAAAGUUCUUUGGGAUGAAAUGCCUUUAGUCUGGUUCAAACCUACUGAAACAGUAAACAUUGAAAUUCGAGGUCGGUAUGAGUGCCCUUUAUAUAUAACAUCAGCUCGAUUUGGCGUUUUAAAAACUACAGGUCAUUCUUCCAAUUAUGUCCUAUCAAUAUUACUAGACACUGAUUUAGAUGUAAGAGAAUGGAUCAAAAGAGGUCUUGCUCUUUUAUGCCAACUUGACGAUUAAAAGCUGAUUUAAAUUUCUUGAUAAUAAAAUAAAAUUCUUAUUAUAAUUUCAGUGA